AUGGGUCGUUUUCGCAGAAACAAGAAGGUCAAGGAUGUCGUGAAUGACGGAGAGAAGAAUUCCUUCGAGGUAGAACAACAACCAGAAAUUACUCUGGAUUUGGCCAGCGCCCUCCCCUCGACAGAUGAUUUCCGCACUAGUCUACUGAUGCCGAAGCUCUCGGCUAGAUUCAGUAUGCUAAGAGAGCAGGAUGACCCGGAAUCUAAGCUCGGAAAGGCCAGCGACGACAGUGUCUUAUUUCCGAAGCGCGCCUCACGAUUGAACCUCUUCGGUCAUAAUCCCAACAUAUUGACUGAUAUCGAUGAGGUUUCCUCCAUUGACGGACGAGUCAAUUCUUUUAUUUCCGGCGACGGAGGAUAUGGAACAGAUGACGAUCGAUCGCAAAACGGGAGCAUAAUGAGCAGAGCCCGCCGAGCGGAGGGUAACAAUCUGUUUGGUGGUCGUCAGAAGGUCUAUCGCAUUCCAACACGAUCUCCGGUGGGCUCACCCACAGCAGAAGGUGGCCGAGGAAUGGGAAAAUUUGUCUACGAGCAUGAUUUGACGAUGUCUGCGUUCCAGCGAUUAAGACGUCAGGAAAAGCAAGCCAUGGCUGAGUCAGAGGAUUUCUCAAGAGAGGAUUUCGAUGCCAAGUCGACCAGCUCAUCGACUAAGCGUACCACCUCUUCCUCGACGGAAUCUGGACAGGCACCCGAUCGCACUUCGACUGCCGCUACUUCUUUCGAUGAUACCCCUGCGUCUCAAUCACAGGUUCCUAAAUCGGCAGAACCCCAAGUCGAGUCUCGCCCACCAUCUGCUUUGUCCAAUCACCCGAGGAAUGGCUCAGUCCGCUCGCGCCGUCUCUAUGGCCAAGGCCUGACGCAAACUGCCCAUAACCAACAGUCCUCGACUCUGAACCGUUUGGAAAGUCUGAGCCGCCAGCGGUCUGGAACGCUAGAGUUCCCCAUGAAUCGCGCAUACUCUCGCAGUGCCAGUAAUUUGCGUGGUCGGCUGCAAAGAUUAAACACCGAUUCAACUUCCACUUCUACUGGUAUAUCUCGACCAUCUAUCAGUCCUCCUAGAUCAACAACUUCACUUAGGCAGCAAGGAUCAGUGGAAACACUCUCCAAGGAACGUUUGUCCCCCACAACUGCCUCUUUCGCACCCCCUCUGAGCCCACCUUCAAGCGAAGGAGACGAGGCUAUGAAUUUGUUGACGGCCGCUAUGAACCCCGAGGAUCAUGGAAAGGCUACCGCCAUGGGUCUGUUCCACCGACCUGCAACCGGUUUCGAUGAGCAGCAGUUCUCGCGCCGCCAACUCCAGAUGCACCAGGUUGCUAACCCGCCACCCCUGCGACAAUCUUCUCCUCCCCGUCGCCCUCUCCCUCAGGAGCCGGUAACCCGGCCCCGAGGACUCUCCAAGUCUAGCUGUCGCUCUAGAGCCGAGUCCGGAUCUUCUAAUUACGACAGUGAUACGCAUAAUGGCGUCGAUUAUUCCAUGAUUUCCAGUGUGGGAGCUUCUCCAUUGCGCCAGGGGACGAAAACAUUCUAUGCCGAUUCAACCGCUAGCGAAUCUGGCGACUCUGCUGAGGAACGACGCGGGUUUGAUAUAGUGUCUCAGGCACCCAAUGCGCCAAAUUCUACUGACCACCUGGAAACUCUUCCAGAAGUCAGAUACUCCGACCUAGGUGAUCUCAAGUCUAUUGAGGAACUCAAAUAUAUUGAAGAAGACAGUGUUAUAAUUGACUCCCGGAUCACUGACCAGACUGGCUCUAUAACUCCCGAGAGACCCGACUCGCCCACUCUGCAGGCAUUUGGCUUGGGUUUUAAUGGUAUAAGGUCUCACCUGCGCUCUGCAAGUGACAUGUCAACCAUCUAUCCCGAUCCAUCUCCAGUCCCUACCCGAGAGCCACUCUCAACCAAAUCCACUACGCACGAAGCCUCCUGCUUGAAGCCGGUAGAUCUGUUCGAGCCAACUGUGCAGACAGAUGCGCGCCAACCAGAAAGUUCUACCAGGCCAUUUUCUGACGUCUCUGAUAGCCGUGCAAGUGAAGACUCAUCUGAAAUAGAAAAUCGUCCUGGCUCCUCUAUUUCCAAUCUCUCAUCAUGGAAAGAAGAUCUGGUUCAUCACCAUCGACGAGGUGGAAGCACCGAAACACAGCAAGAACGGGAGGAAUUCGCCAUGGAACUUGCCGAGAGGCGUAGAAAGGUCCAGGAGAAGCUGCGAAGUGUCACAGAGGGCGAGAGCCGCUCAAGCAGCCCUUCUUUUGGACGCCAGACUCCAGAUAUCCCUGGAGUCAAGACCGGCAACGCUUUUUCCCUCCUGAAGCACAAGUCCAGCAAGCUGGGCGUGAUGCAACAGGACCAGAAGAACUCUAGAAUGUAUGGUUUCAACGGUUCUUCUACUACACUCGUUUCAGAAGAUAUGUUCCACGGACGUGAUGAGGAGCGACCAUCCUUUAACGCGAACCGGGGCUCUGGCCCCAUGGCCCCAUCUGAGCGGUCUUUCCGGUCCCGACUACCUAACAUGGGCCGCACCAGCCGCGAUGGUUCUCGCGAACGCAGCUCUAGCCGUAGUCGCGGCGCAUCAAGAGACCGCUCAGACUCCGAUGCAUCGGCUCGCUCUAAGAGCCGCUCCAGGUACCGUGAUGAUCUUCAAACAGUGAAAGAGGAUAUGAUUGCACACGACAAAUUUGUUGCCCCCAUGCAAUUUGACUGUCCAUCAACGGAAGGAAGUGAUCGUUCCCCCUCCGUUGCCUCCGGUAGAUAUCGCAGUGCCAGCCGAUCAGGCACACCAAGCUUCCAGUACGAGCGGCCUUUCCAGUUCAAUCAAGUCUCGCACCCGCCCUCGAUCAUCGGUGCUCCUCCACGACCAUCCCCUGCAACUCCAGCCUACUCGGCCAACGCAACGCCUCCUCUGCAGGAAAUGGAUCAAUCCCUAAACCCCAACUCUUCUGGCGGCAACUCGUCCCAGCGUGGCCCAGGAAGCACUCUACUGCAGAAACGCUCAGUGAACAAGAAAGAAAUCUCAGAGCCAACCUUCGUAUCAUCAACAUCCAAUGUGCCUACCAUUGGCAUCGCAGCGCCGGCCGUGCCACCCAUGAACCCGCGCCGUCGCCGCGGCACCCAGUCCAUCUUUGGCGCCUUGAACCGGGACUCGUCCCGCACUGAGUCUCCAGUCCCAACCAUAAAAGAUGAGCACAGCGUCUUCCCCGAUGAUGAGAAGCGUCCCCGUUCGCGUGGCCGUCUUUACAAGACAUCUAGUGAGGGUGGAAACCUGAUCCGGGCACGUCAGGAGGCAUUGGCCGGUCCUGUCCCUCCUGUCCCUCAAUAUCCCCCACCCACCAUCCCCGUGAACGGACACAUGUUCUAG